AUGGCUCUUCCCAGAUCCAACUAUGACCCUCGUCGUGUCUGUUUAAAUCCUUUCCCCGAUCUUCACUUGGACAAAUACAAAAGAACUGUUGGAGUUUACAUCGCUGGAGCACUUUUUGCCAUUGCGAACUGGACAUUCUUAGACGCUGCUGUCUACUCCGCACACGCCCGUGUGCCAUGGGGUGAUGAGCCACCUGUGCACGUAACUUUCGUCGAUUGGGUGCCAGGGAUCUGUUCACUGUUGGGCUAUCUUGUCGUUAAUCUUAUCGACAAGGACCGUAUCAAAGGCGACGAGGGCUUUGGUGACUCGAGAGCCGUAUGGAGAGCGAGAUUAUUCCUGUUUAUUGGCUUUGCUCUGAUGGCUGGUGGCCUGGCUGGCAGUGUCACCAUCUUGGUACUGAAGUACGCUCUCAACGACUACGCAGAAAUGUUCAAGUACUAUGGUUACGCCAACGUCACCCAAAACAUCCUCCUCAUGCUCUCUGCUAUCGUCCUUUGGAUGGCUCAGAGUACGAACGGAGAAUACGAAUAUAAUCUGACGUUAUAA